AAAUUGGCAUGCUGAGCACCUAAUUUUUUUUUAUUUUUUUUAUUUUUUAUUUUUUUUUUUUGUAAUUUGAGUCCUCAUGGUUGCUGUUUUAGGUCAUCUAAGUUCGUGGACUAAUUUUUUGUUUGUUGACCGCUAGUUGAAUGAGUAAGUGACCAAAAUGCCCUCAGGAACUAGAUGUGUAAACUCGAAAGUUCUUCUUUUUCCUUAUGUGUCUUCUCCACAAAUCUUUUUCAACCCUACUUCUCAGUCAUCAUCUUCAAAAUCGUCUAAAUUGUAUAGCAAAUCUACUAUUCUAUGCUCAUGUGGUGCUCCUACUUGCAUUCGCACCUCAUGGACUGAUGCAAACCCACGUCGAUGUUUUCUUUGUUAUAAGGCAAAUUGUGGAUAGUUUAGGUGAGUCAAAGCUCCGACGUGUUCCAAGUGUGAAAGACUCAUUCCUGGUUUGUUGAGGUCGAUUAACUAGAAAAAGGAAAUGGCUCGGAACAAAGGGUUGGAAGUGAGAAGAUUGAAGGAAGUGUCAUCCUCUUCUUCAAGACCUCGAAACUUCCAAAACCUUUUGGCCAUUGUAUUCAUCGUCGGUGUAUUUAUUGGUGGGUCAAUUGGAGUAAUGUCUUUUGGGAAUAUGGAAGCUACUGCCAUCACAACAAUUGCUUUCAUAUUUGCUGCCUCGGCAGUCACAGUGGUGAUCACCCUAUGUUAUAAAGGCGGCAACGGCACCGGAAGCCGCUACCAAAAGAGACACCAUGGGAAAGUAGUUGUUACAAGUAGAGAGAAAAUCAGUUGUGACAUAGAAACCGCGGAUGGUGUGGGCCCUGAUAUAGCGGUCGCGCCUGUGGAGGCUUCUAUUAUCGUGUGUGGUGGUGGCGGCAGCGGUGGCGGUAGAGGUGGUGGUGGUGGAGGUGAAGCAGUUGGAAGAGGUGGUGGUGGUUGAGAUGAUAAGUUAAAUAAAUAAUGUUGAUUCUCUUUCUGUUUUGUUUGGUUGGUGAGGAGUCCAUGUCUCGUCUUUGUUGGUUAUAUUGUUUCUUUCCACAAAAUAUUAUUUGGAUAUAUUGUAGUUUGGGCACAAAGUUUAAACAAA